UAUGGAGUUGAGCUGCAUUUUGGAUUGGGCCAAAAUGGCGGCUGUCACUUCAGACGGAGUCUCAGCUCCUUUACCUGGAAGAUGCGGUUUUUACGUGGUUAAAAAGAAACGUUAUUGCAAAAUGGUAGUUGGAAAAGGGAAAACGUUUUGCGGUGAACACGGAAAUGCGGAUUCAGACAGCGAGAGAAAACGGAUCCCCUGCCCUCUGGACCCAAAGCACACUGUGUUUGAGGACAGUUUGUCAAAACACCUAAAGAAGUGUAAUUCGAAGGAAAAGCCCAAACCUGUCUAUUAUGUGAAAGACAUCAAUGCUGGGUCUGUAACCGAAGAGGAAAUUGCCAUAGAUGAGGUGUCCAUUGCUGAGCGAUCUAAAGAAGAGCUAUAUCGUCUUAUACAGAAAUUGAAGACUGCAGUGAAAGGAUUAAACACGGAGCCUGACACUAGCCUUCUCUCUCAUCCGGCUUUAAACGAAGCUCUUAAUGAUCCCAAGAAUGGGAACUUUGCUUUUAAACACCUUAAGCAGCAGGCCUCGAUCUUGGGGAAUAUGGAGGCUCUGGAGCUGCUUGGGCCAGAGAGGUGUUAUGUGGAGUUUGGUGCUGGAAAAGGUAAACUUUCCCACUGGAUUCAUGUUGCCCUUCAGGAAGCAGAAAAUGUCCACUUCCUGUUAGUGGAGAGAUCCAGUACUCGCUUUAAGGUAGAUGGCAAACACAAAAACACAGACUCAACCUUCGACAGGCUGCAGGUUGACAUUCAGCACCUUGACUUAAGCAGAGUUCCGUUUUUACAAGAAAAGCAACUUCCUGUAAUUGCAGUGGGCAAACACUUAUGUGGCGCAGCAACAGAUUUGGCUCUGCGGUGUUUAUUUGAGCGCAGUGCAAAAGACAAAGACAAUGAGCCUCCCACUAAACGUAUAAAACUGCAGGAAGGAGGUGAGGAGGUGAUGCAGGGUUCUGAAAGCAGUGAGGAGGUUGUAGUAUCGGGGCUCACUGUUGCACUCUGCUGCCAUCAUCGCUGUGAAUGGAGGCAUUAUGUUGGAAAGGAUUUUUUCAGAGAACGAGGUCUUGGAGCCACCGAGUUUUCUGCUUUCCAGCGCAUGUCCAGCUGGGCUACAUGUGGCAUGAACAGAGUCAAAUCCUCCUUAAAUCCUGAGAAAUCCUCACAUGAUAUCAAGUAUGAAGAAGAAGGAGAAGAGGUUGAACAUGAAGGGAGUUCUGAAAACUUUCCUGAUCAUCUCAACAAUGCCAUUUCAGCAGAGGAGCGUGAACGUGUCGGACGCCUGUGCAAGAUGCUGAUCGACCACGGCAGGCUGCAUUACCUCCAGCAGCGAGGCUUCAAACCCAGCCUCAGAUUUUACACCAGUUGGGACGUGUCUUUAGAGAAUGUGCUUCUGACUGCACUUCCCAGCUAAACAUACAAACUGUUCAGACAGAGACACACAACAAAAAAAUAGUAAAGGGCUCUCUUUUAGUUUUCUCUUUUUGGUUCCUUGAUCUUUUGGACACAGUGGCAGCAACAGAUAGCAAAACAGUCCUCAUUAGUCCUUGACUAAAGAAAGGUAACAUAUCUUUACAUGAAGUGCAGGACAGAUUGGACAGGACAGGACAGAUUUGUCAGGACAGGAGGCAACAGGACCAGAAGAAGCCAGCAUGCAGGACUGCAUCAUGCCAAUUCCUCUAUCAAACCCUCCAGCUUCACAUUUAGCACUGAUGUAUAAGUCUGGGAUCCUGAAACAUAAAAUGCAGGAUUUUCUUUGACUUAUUUUAUUGAAAGAAAAAAAAAAAACCCCACUAUACUAGCAUUUGUGAGCACAGUGUAUAUUGAGUAUGGUGUAACCUCUUCUGCGGGCUUCAUGGAUGUAAUGGUGCAUGAACUCUUUGCCGAACAUCUCUCUGUCAUUCUCCUCCUCUGCUACCUCCUCUUUUAGGUCAGGGAGAGUCACGUCAUACGUCAGAGGGUUGUCUCUGAAAUUUACAAACCUGCCAGAAACAGUCUAUUAUUUUCCAGAUUCAAAGUCAAGUCAAGAAAUCAAACCGUAAAACAGGACAAUCUCUGUCAAGAAAAAAAAGCAAGUGAAAGUAACUACGAAAUAAAGCAGAAAUAAAUGUUCGGCUUUUAAAAAAAAAGCUUUGUUUCCAGAUGUUCAUCCUCAAUUAUCAAUGCAAUGAGUAUACCUUUACAAGUUAGCACCUCAGCAGUUGUAUAUUUACAAUUGACCUUUUCUGUUUUCUACCAUCAUUAAAUAAUAGUGUGUACCUAAGGUUUGUCAUGCCCUCCAUCAGUGAAGGAAUGUCUCUCAGCUUGUUCUUGCUGAGCACCAGCGUGUCCAGAUUGUGCAUACGGCUGAUGUUGUCCGGCAGAUACUCCAGAUAAUUUCUCUGGAGCCACAGUGUGUGCAGCUUCUCCAUUCUGAUUCAAACAGUAAAUAGAAAUACUAUGUUGUAAUUCAAGUCAGCAACGGUAACAAUACUAGACAGAUCAAGUCAAGACAGUGUUAUUUAGGGAGCUCAGUUCCCUGAUGAUGGGUUAAAUGAUUGAUAAAUGAUGCCUAGUUCAAGGGACCAGACAGAAUUGUGUGAUUACUGUGUACCUGUGGAUGUUAUCUGGUAGGCUCUCCAACUUGUUCCCACCCAUGUCCAACCACUCGAGAGCAGGAAGAUUCACUACACACUCAGGGAUUGUGCUGAAUUGAUUCAUUGAGAGGUCCAAGUGGUGGAGUUUCUUCAGAUUGCUGAACUGAGGAACCAUUAACAGAAUUGUGAAGAUGUCCGUGUUCAAGAAAACGAAACACUCAGUCCAAGAGGAUCUGAGCGAGGCUACAUUUCAGGACACUUCUAAGUCAUAUGAAAUUGUAAAUGUUCUAAAGAUUUGGUUAAACAAGGAGAGAAAAUAAAUGCUGGAUGUAACACAUAAAA